AUGAUCGCGUGGAGUCUUCUGUUGCUCUGUUCUGUUUCGAUUGGGGUCUUCUCUCUGAAAUUUACCCACCUGGAGUUGGUUGCAAAGGUGGUUCUCGAGCUGGCCGACAUUAAUAUACUCGUGUCCCCGGCAGCCAUCGACUUCUCCCUGGCACAAAUCUAUCUGGGAUCUGGUGGCGAAACUGAACCUGCGUUGAAGGAGGUAUUGGGAACGCAAGGCGCCAAGAAAAAAGAGGUCGUCAAGGCCUUUCGACAGAAAUAUACGGAACUCAAAGUUUUUAGUCGACUGUAUGCUAUAAAUGGAACACCCUUAUGCCAAUGCUACCGGAAUCUGUCAAGGAAAUCUCUUAACGUUGAUGUCGAGUUCUUGGACAAAACUGUCGAGGGAAUUUCUAAAAUUAACCAAUGGGUCUCUUCGAAGACUAAGGGUAAAGUGGCUGAACUGAUCGAUUCUCCAAUGUUCAAUGACGGGACGAAAAUUUUUAUGGUAAAUGCCGUCAAUUUUGAGGGCAGUUGGGAGCUCCCAGUGCAAAAAACUUUACCGAGAAAAUUUUACAUGCCGGAUCAAAACCGCUCGGUAUCCGUGGAAAUGAUGGAAAUUCCGGGCCAAUUUAAGUACAACUUCCAGAAAACACUCGACGCCCACGUGGCCCUUCUUCCCUACAGGAAGUCGAAUCUGUCCAUGGCUCUGGUGGUGCCCAAAACCUUCAAAGGAAUCCGGACGGUCGAGAACAAACUGCGGUACCUCGACCUGGUUAACUUGAGUCCCAAACAAAUUCACGUUUCCCUGCCGAAGUUUAAAAUCAAGUACGACCAAGACAUGGCCCAAGCACUAACUGAUCUCGGGAUUAAGGGCAUUUUUAACGAUACUUUUCUUCAGUCUUUCACCAAACCCAAGGAAAACACGCGGCUCGACAUCUUACAGGGCUCAACUUCUUUAGAUGUGGACGAAAAGGGAACAAAGGGAUCAGCAGGCGCAGACGGAGAAAUGAUACCCGCACCACCGGUGAAAAAGGUCCCGAAAAAUAGAAGUAAUCUAUCCAAGGAAAACUCCACAUCUCCUCAAGAGGUUGACAAAAAGGAAUCAAAUGGAUCAGCAGGCGCAGUCGCACGAUCGGAGAGUGUGGAAGUGCUCAAUAGGAGUGAGCUGAUGAUAACCUGCAACCGUCCUUUCCUCUUUGCCAUCGUAGAGGGCACCAGAAUAUUGUUCUUCGGAAGAUAUAGUCGGCCCGUAUAGAAUAAAGCCUAUCAAAACUUUGGUUGAUCUGAA